CUCAUAUCAGAAACGCGUGUGCUUCUCAAAACCUACAGCAGAGGACGACACUUUACAUCUUUAUUUUAGAGCGCGUUCUAUGUUGCUCUUCAUUGGACGGGUAAACUACAGUUUGAUGGUGAAGAUAAUGUCACUGUCAUGACAUUACGGGUUACUUGGGUGAUGUUCGUGCGUAAUUAAGCAUCUGGUGUGCAUCAUGGGGUCCAAAUAAAGGAACAUUUCCAUAUCAAAGGUCUGUUGCUUGGACAUGAUGCCUUGGCAUUUCGACUCAAAGUCAGUAACUGACCAAUUAAGGGUUUUGAGGACUGUUGAAUUGCGGGAGCUUCUGCGGGAUGAAGAAAAAAUUAGCCAGAUCAUCAGAUUCAGCCAAAAGUUUCAGGGGCUUCAGGGAGCAAAGGAGACUGUGUUGGUCUCCAACAGUAGAUUGGCAGAGACCAGUCUCUCUCAUGAGCCAGAGCUCAAUACUGGUAAGCUAUGGUUAGCCAAGAAGUACCAGGAACUGGAGAAAUUCACCAAUAUCAUCCAAGCCAAACAGAACCAACUUGUUUUACUGGAGAAACGUAGCCUUCACAUGGUCCAGUGGCUUCUCCUGAACAAGCUGGCCCACUCUGAAGAAGAAUGUGAUGCUCUCUCACAGAAAUUCACAGAUGGGAAAAUAUCCCUGGAGCAUUUUGUGGAGUCAUGUCAAAGAUCUUGUAAGCUCUACCAUAUUCGUCUGGUUCAGGCAGAGAAAAUCCAAGAGUUUAUCAAGCCUGAACACAAACCCCAAAGGCCCACUGAGAAUCACAAUAGUAGGGAGCCAUCAGUUGACUUCCCCCUGAGCCCCCAUCCCAACAUCUGCCAUGUUUUCUAUGGCCUCACCCCUGCUAUUAUUCUGCCUAACGUCUACCACUCUGUCAGCUCUGCUCCGGUCCACUUCCGGAUGGGUCCAUAUCUACCGCCCCUGAGUGACCACAUCAUUAACAGCGCUCAACUUAUGAGGCCUGUAGCCUCACCUUUUGACACAUGUCAACCUGUGGGCCUUAGAGUGUAUGGAAAGGGACAUGCUCCCAGGUGGCCAGCCAGGCCUGUACGUCUGCAGCGACUCAACAACAUACAGUCCAGACAUCUUCAGCAGGACCCACCACCACAUUGACACUGUUGGGUAAAAAAAGGCAUCAACUGUUACACUCUGGACUAUAAUGAAUUUGUGUACUUUAUGAUUGUGUCUGUAAAACAGCACCCUACAUGUGAAACAAGUUCAUUAAGAAUUGAUUGACAAAAUUAACAAGUUGAUUAAGAGCGUUGAAUAAACACAUUGUGGGUUUUGUUUUAUA